AUGGCUCCCUUUGAAAUCUCUCAAUGCAGUGUCGUCGAUGGCGCAGCCCUAGCUGCCAACAGUAUCCCCGCUUUCUGGGCAGACCCGAACUGGGUCCUGGCCUGGCGCCAUCGGACCCUCGAGUAUCACAUUUCGCAGAUAGCCCUGCGCUUUCCGCGAAACCUGCUGAACAACCGGGAGGCCUUGCGACAUCAGAAAGCAGUGGAUCUAGAGACGGGCCGCAUACUCGGCUACGCACGAUGGCGCCUGCCAUCGUCUUAUGAGACCAACCCAGAUGAUAGCACACCGACAUGGCCUGAGGCUCAGGUCCCGGCGGUCGAGCCCGAGACGGAGACUGAGAUCCGGCGGAUUGCCGAAACCGUUGUUUGGGAUCCCAAUGGCGAUGACAACGAGUUGUCAGAUCGCGUGGACGCACUCAAGAAAGAAGUGACUCCAAAGACUCCGUAUAUCAGUCUGGAAUACCUUGCUGUGCAUCCGGAUAACCAGCGUAAAGGAGUAGGGACGGCAUUGGUGAAGAGCGGGAUGUACCAGGCGGACAAGAUGAAGUUAAGAAUUUUCGUCCACGCAUUGAGAGAAGGAGCUGAGCUCUAUAAACGAAUUGGUUUUCAGCUCAUAGCAGAGCUCAUCCAGGACGACUCUGCGUAUGGGGGCAGUGGGGAGUACGGUGCAUAUUUCUUCAUCUAUGAGCCUGGAUCGAGGGCUAGUUCUGCAUAA